UGAUGACAGUGAAACUUCACCUCAGAAUAUUGAAAGAUAUUCCUGUUGUUAAAUCAUUGAGUGAGUUACAUAAAGAGUUGAUGAAUCCAGCAACAGACCACGUGGUCUGCUUCGCUUUUACGACACUGAAAAAGGAUGAUGUCUAUCUGAAAGAGGCAACAAACUACCUCAAAUCUCCUGCAGAUCAGAAGAUAAAGAGAGCAACCACUUUUGAUGGAGAUUUUGCAACAAACCAGAAUGAGCAAUGGUUUAACUCACAGGCUGUUUGCCGAAGGCUGAAGGAACAAGCUAAGUUAUUCCAUGAUUUUGCAACAGCCAACAGAGCAGAUAGGAAAACUAAAUUCUUUGUUACAUCUGUACAUGAUGAGAGCAUCUUAGGGGCAAAUAUUUAUCUCUAUGAGGGAAGUAAUAUGAAAGGUCAAUAUUUUCAACCCCCAUCACAGCCUGGGAGACCUGUGGCUAGUGGAAUAACACAUGAUAGUGUAACACUGCAGUUACACCCUCCCAAAAAUGGUGCCGAAGAGAUUGUGAAUUACAAGGUAGAGUACCAAACACUUCAGCAGGAGGGAUGGACAACUCUAGACACAACAGACAAGAGUCACUCUGUUACAAUAUCUGGGUUGCAGCCACACCAAGAAUAUAAUUUCCGAUACAGGUCGGUGACCAAGGUUGGGCUCAGCAAGGUCAGUGAUAUCUACAGGACGAGCACACGUCCCACAGGUCCACCUGGUAAUCCAGUUUUCCAGGAUUGCUCACCCAUUACAGCACUGUCCUUUGACUACUCAAGGCAGACUCCAUCUGAAGCUAAAAUAGCUCGGCGCAGUAUCAAACAUAUUGUAGAGAGGAAUGUUACAUGCAACAAGGAUGGUAGAUUAUGGAAAGAAAUAAAGCCAGUAGAUAGUCAAAGUCAUGAUAAUUUACAGAGAAUGAAACACUCUGGAGGAACAGCGUGUGGCAAUAUUUCAAUAGAAAUAGAAAAUGAACCAAACAGAAAAGUCCACGAACUUUGCAAAGAGGCUUUAUUGGUAGUCAGAGGAAACCCUUCCAUUUACAAACUCAACCUGCAGAAAAUAGUAUUUGAUCAGUCCAGGCAGUUUGUUAAAUGCUCCUUUGGAAAUCCCAGUAGUAAACAUAGAAUGAAGACAAUUGUUCUUCUCGGGGCAACAGGGGCAGGGAAGACAACCCUCAUCAAUGGGAUGAUCAACUACAUCUUGGGCGUGGAAUGGGAGGACAACUCCAGGUACAUGUUAAUACAUGAAGAGACAGGAAAAUCACAGGCUGAAAGUCAGACAUCCUCCAUCACUGCUUAUCAAAUCCACCAUCAUGUAGGAUUUAAAAUCGAUUAUUCUUUGACUGUUAUUGAUACGCCAGGAUUCGGAGACACCAGGGGAAUAAGCCGAGAUCAAUUGAUCACUGAGAAUAUCCGAGAGUUUUUCAGUUCCUCAAAGGGUGUUCAUCAAAUCGAUGCCGUGUGUUUUGUUGUUCAAGCCUCUUUGGCUCGCCUGACUGACACACAGAAAUAUAUUUUUGAUUCAAUUCUCUCUAUUUUUGGCAAAGAUAUUACUGAUAACAUUCAGAUACUGGUGACAUUUGCAGAUGCUCAGUUUCCUCCAAUAUUGGAGGCUUUGAAAUUAGCUGACGUGCCAUGCCCCACAGAUAAAAAUGAUAUGCCAGUAUGCUUCAAGUUCAACAAUUCUGCUAUCUUCGCCCAGCGUCCAGUCUCUGGAAAUUCUGCAAACAAGAAGAGCGCUGAUGCAAUUAGUGAUGAUGAAGAAGAUGAUGCUAGCUUUGAUGAAAUUUUCUGGAAGAUGGGAACAAAAAACAUGAAGGAUUUUUUUACAGCCCUGAGCGCCAUGAAAUAUAAAAGUUUACGACCGGCUGGAAACUGCCCAAAAGAAGGUAAACAACUGGAGGCCCCAGUGGAAGGAUUACAUAUUCAAAUCCGAGAAGGGCUAAGCAAAUUGGAGGAAAUCCGGAAAACUCAACAGAUGCUGAACUUACAUCAGACUGAGUUGAAUGCAAACAGAGACUUUGAGUAUACGAUUAACUUUACAGUUGCUGUGAAGAAGGAUGUCAGACUGCUUGGUUCGUUCGCGAACAACUGUCAGAAAUGUCACUUCACCUGCCACUAUCCUUGCAGUGUCCCAUUUAAUAUGUUGACCUACUUGUGCAGAACAAUGGAUUGGUGGGGGAACUGCAAAGUCUGUCCUCAAAAAUGCAGCUUCAAAGACCAUUCUAUUGAAUGGUACAGGUAUGCCUAUGAAUCGAGAACAAAGAAGAGGACAUAUGGGGAACUGAAAGAAAAAUAUGAGAAGGCUCAUGGUGAGACCAUCACACAGGAGAAUGUCAUGGAAAUACUCGAGCAGAAGUUUGUUAAGGUUCGAGGGACAGUGCUGGUGCUGAUUGAACAAUUCAUACAGAACAUUGGAAACCCAAACCGGUUAUCCACACAAGCUUACAUUGAACGUAUGAUUCAUUCUGAGGAAGUAGAGGCACUGCCAGGGUUCGAGGAGCGAAUUCAGGCACUGCGAGUCGUUAAGAAACAGGCAGAGUUAAGAGAAGGUAGCCAUAAAUAA